CACACACCUUGCCGUCCUCCAGAGGUGCACACACUGUUUCUAUGUAUGUGCCGGCUCGGUGCAGACAGAGGUUGUAAACAUGGCGGCGGACGGGAUGGUGCUCACCAACCACGACCAUCAGACCCGAGUGGGGAUUCUGACGGUCAGUGACAGCUGCUACAGGAACUUGGCAGAGGACAGGAGUGGAGUCAACCUGAAGGACCUGGUCCAUGAUCCCUCACUCCUGGGAGGAUUCAUAUCAGCUUACAAGAUCGUUCCAGAUGAAAUUGAUGAAAUCAAGGAUACUCUUUUGGAGUGGUGUGAUGAUCUAGAGCUGAAUCUCAUUCUCACGACUGGAGGAACUGGCUUUGCCCCGCGAGAUGUUACACCUGAGGCCACCAGAGAGGUGAUCGAGCGGGAGGCUCCAGGUAUGGCUCUGGCCAUGCUGAUGGGAUCACUCAACGUUACACCUCUCGGCAUGCUGUCUAGGCCUGUGUGUGGUAUCCGUGGUAAAACUCUGAUCAUCAACCUGCCAGGGAGCAAGAAGGGCUCUCAGGAGUGUUUUCAGUUCAUCUUGCCUGCUCUGCCUCAUGCCAUCGACCUGCUGCGUGAGGCCACGGUCAGGGUUAAAUCUACACACGCCGCCCUGGAGCAGCUGCCCUCCCCUUCCUCUCUGAUGGGCAACACGCACUCCAACGCACACUCCAACAUGCACACCAUGGAGCGCGGCACCCAGUGCGAGGAAGAGGAGGAAGAGGAGGAUGACAGGAGGAGAGGCCGCCAUGCGCACAACCACAACCAUCACCAGCAUGGCUCCUCCCACAUCACCGCAGCCGCCAUCGCUGCCAAGACAAGCCAUGCUGUGGUCAUGGCUAAGGGGGGUCCAUACCUGCCUGGAAACACACCAGCCCCACCCACUCAUUUCACAUGCUCCUGUACCCAUGACACACAGAUCCCGGACUCAAUCAUAUCCCGAGGCGUUCAGGUGCUUCCUCGAGAUUCGGCCUCUUUAAGCUCCACCCCCUCCGAGUCACCGCGGGCGACACAGGCGACUUCCCGCCUUUCCACCGCCUCAUGCCCAACACCCAAGGUUCAGUCACGAUGUGGCAGUAAUGAGAACAUUCUGAGAGCCAGCCACAGUGCGGUGGACAUCAGUAAAGUGGCUCGUCGUCAUCGAAUGUCUCCGUUCCCGUUGACGUCAAUGGACAAAGCCUUCAUCACUGUUCUGGAGAUGACACCUAUCCUGGGAAUUGAAGUCAUUAACUACAGAGACGGUAUGGGUCGAGUGCUCGCUCAGGACAUCUAUGCCAAAGACAACCUUCCUCCGUUUCCUGCCUCUGUUAAAGAUGGCUACGCUGUACGAGCUGCUGAUGGCCCAGGAGACCGCUUCAUCAUGGGAGAAUCCCAGGCUGGACAACAGCCUACCCAUACAGUGAUGCCAGGUCAGGUGAUGAGGGUGACGACCGGGGCUCCGAUUCCUUGUGGAGCUGACGCUGUGGUACAAGUGGAAGAUACAGAGCUGCUGCGGGAGUCUGAAGAUGGCACAGAGGAACUGGAGGUGAGGAUUAUGGUCCAGGCUCGACCUGGACAGGACAUCAGGCCAAUAGGUCAUGACAUCAGGCGAGGGGAGUGUGUGUUGGCUAAAGGAACACACAUGGGCCCCUCAGAGAUCGGCCUGUUGGCUACAGUGGGAGUGACCGAGGUCAGCGUGCACAAGUUCCCUGUGGUGGCUGUCAUGUCCACUGGAAACGAGCUGUUGAACCCAGAGGACGACCUCCACCCGGGUAAAAUCAGAGACUCCAACCGCUCCACUCUCCUGUCCACCAUCCAGGAACACGGAUAUCCCACCAUCAAUCUGGGCAUAGUGGGAGACAACCCUGAUGACCUGCUGUCAGCUCUCCAUGAGGGAAUCAGUCGUGCUGAUGUCAUCAUCACCUCAGGGGGCGUGUCCAUGGGAGAGAAGGACUAUCUGAAGCAGGUGCUCGAUAUUGAUCUUCAUGCCCAGAUUCACUUUGGACGAGUCUUUAUGAAGCCAGGUCUUCCUACUACCUUUGCCACAGCUGACAUUGACGGAGCACGGAAACUCAUCUUUGCCCUGCCAGGUAACCCAGUGUCUGCAGUGGUGACGUGUAACCUAUUUGUGAUUCCUGCUCUGAGGAAGAUGCAAGGCAUACUGGACCCGAGGCCUACAAUUAUUAAAGCUAGGCUCUCCUGUGAUGUGAAACUGGAUCCAAGACCAGAGUACCACCGCUGUAUUCUCACCUGGCAUCACCAGGAGCCGCUGCCCUGGGCCCAAAGCACAGGUAACCAGGUAUCCAGCAGGCUGAUGUCAAUGCGUAGCGCCAAUGGUCUGCUGAUGUUACCUCCUAAAACCGAGCAGUAUGUGGAGCUGCACAAAGGAGAGGUCGUGGACGUCAUGGUCAUCGGACGGCUAUGAUGCAGAUUUCAACGUCACUCGCUACCGAUUACCAUGGCAGUGCCAGGACUUCCUGUCUGGACAGGAAACGGGCGGGGGCAGGAAGUGAUGCAUGUCUACCUGGUCGCCAUUAGCUGUGAUGUCAUAUGCAACAGCCAAUCGGAGCCAGCGGAGGCUGAAUCCUCAUUGGUCUGCUCUGAGGAGAUCACUGUAUUUCAACGGAGAAAAAAAAUGUGAAAAAAAUAUAUGAAAUAUGAGAUUUAUUCUGUAAUAUUAUUAUUAUCCUGAUGAUAAUGAUUAUUAAUAUUCUUAAUUAAUAUUCUAUUUAUUAUUAUUAUUAUCAUGGUUCUGAUUGAAUAUUAUCAUCUUAGUAGUGAUCAUGCCCUCUUCUCCCUGUUCAUUUGCUUUGUGCGUUUGACAUUUUCCCUGGUAGAUAUAGAGAUAUAGAGACUUUCUCCUCCUUCCUCCACUCUCCCUCGCCUUUUUUCCUCCUCUACACCUUCUUUCUCUCUUCUUCUUCUUCUACUUCUUCUUCUUUUUGAUAUAGAGACUCCUUGAUUACCUCUCCCUGCACUACCGCUACAUCUGCUCCUGAAAGACACAGAUCCUUACAUCCGUAUUGACAGAUAUAUAUGAACUAAAGACUUUUAAAAAGAUAUCUUUUGAUCUAAGCUGCUCAUAAAGUUUGUGCCAGUGUGGUAAAUAUGACCCAUUUUGGGUGGGGGGGGGGAAAAAAGGAGAAAAUACAAAAGACAGGUUUUUUUCUUUCCUGAGAUGACAAGAGGACACUUUCUAACCAUCCUGAAACACUUUAACUCAUCAUUACUCUCAAUGAAAGCCAUGAAGCUCUUAAAUGUGGAUCAGUGGCUGUACAGGAAUGAUUCCUCUGGUCCAGACGUCAAAUAUUACUGCUUCUAUUGAACCAUUAUGAUUUAAUGUCCGAGAUGGGACACUGAUAGAUUAAUACAAAUCUCACCCUGCAUUCGAGUGUCUGUAUCUGAUCUGUAGUUUUAUGACAUUAAACGCAGUACGCACUUGUAUACAGAGAAGGUUUCUAUAAUGGUGCCAAUUCCAAUAUUUUUCUACUAUAAAAGGAUAAUGCCUUUGAUAUUUUGUAUUUUUCUUUUUGUCCAGAUCCCAUUGAAUGACCAUAAACAACAUUUGGUAAUUUCACACGAAUAUAAAUGGGCUGAUAACAGAUGCAAGAUUAAAAAUGUGUCAAACAGCAAGCUUUAGGGGCGCUGGAAGAAUCAAGAAUUUAUGCUAAGCUAAGUUAAAUAGCUUCAAGAUCGAGAUUCAUUUUUAUACAAAAAAAAGAGGAUUACGUGUUUGAAAAAGCUUCUCAUUUAAUCGAUCUUUAAAGUAACUGUCAUAAAAAAGACUGUUUCCAAACGUUAAAAAACUCUUCCUUCGAGUGGUUAUUUAAAUGUAUUGAGUGCUCCUUGUUUAUUCUUAAACAGCUGGGCACUUUAUUUCAAGCAAUAUUUGCAAACAGGUGAGAGAAGUUCAUUUUUAGGGACUACUUUCAGUUGUUGAUUAUUGCACAAAAUGUCCAGGAUCAGGAUGGUGAUCAUGUUAAAUGUUUAUUUUUGACUUUGUCCUGUACAAAGAACAACACAGGAAACAGUAGAGAUUUUAAAGACAUGUAAACAGACCCAUUAAUAGAAACCAGUAAAAACACUAAAUACAGCAGUUUUAUUUUUAAACUGCCACUAACCUGUUUCUAAAUGCUAAGCUAGGUGUAGCUAAGGACACCUUUUGUGUUUAUCCACUAAACAUUUUUUUUUUACCUUGGGGUGAAUGAUUCACAGGUCUCUUCCUUUUAAAAUCAAAUGGAACCAAUAUUUAAAAAACACUAAAAAAAAAACCCCACUGAAUUAAAGAGUUUCAUGUUAAAAAAAAGGGUCUAGCCAACACUAUUUGGAGGGGGGUUCAGGGGCUGAAAGCUGAGCUGCCAAUAGUCUAUUUCAAGGAUAUUAAGUUUCACAUAAAAAAGGUCUCUUUGAGGCUCCUCAGCGGGGUUUCAGUGGCUGCUAGCUGAGCUGUUUCUAUAACUUUAGCUGACUGUUCAUAAAAGUUUUUCUUAAUGUUAUUUAAGUGAAGAAAUGACAGUGACCAGAUUUGAAUACAAAGAGAGUCUUCGGCUUGAAGUGUUUAAUUUCCUGGCUGACGGUUGACACUUACAGAAACUGAUGGUUGUUACAUGUUAACUUUGGGCUCAGUUAACCUCAGAUGCUCAGACGCUAACAUAGGAGCUAAGUACUUUAUGACACUAGGCUGAAAAAAGAGGAACAAAGAGUCAACGCUAUACGAGUGAUUUCUGAGCAAAUUCAAGGCAAUGUUCAAACAUGUCAAGAGGAACAGUGUGGCUAAAUGUUGUGUCUUUAUUAUCUUUUUGGACAACAAUGAAGAAGCUCUGUGGCACACAGGAAUACGAUUUAUACAAUUUUGAUAACACACUCAAUCACAAGUCGGCAGAAUCUGUUGGUUCAGGUCAUUCGAUGGGAUUCAUUGAUGGUACGAAAAAUACAAUAUCAUCAGCCUUAUACUUUAAGUAGCCAAAGAUCAAAGACUUUACCGAGAUGGCCAAUUACACAUCUUCAUCUUUUUUCAAAUCAACAAACGUGAGCGAACAAGCUGCUUGAUUGUGCUGUGAAAUAAACUUCCAACCCAACAUCACUUGAAAGCAGGGUGUUGUGUUCAGGUGCUCGUAAACUACAAAACUGGUCUGUUCCUACCAUGACAGUGUAAAGGUGCUUGUUAAAGUCAAAGAACAAAAAAAAAAUCGAAAUCAUUUGACUGCUUCUCUCUCAAUGUGCUGUACGUAGUCAGAGCUACACUGAGAAAUCUAGACAACCUUAGGCUGAGUUUACUGUUAGCAUAAACAAGCUAGUAGGCUGAUUAGUUUCCUGCUGAUUAAACACCAAAAUUGUUUACCAAUUAACAAGGACCAUUUAAAUGCAUCAGAUGCAACCUGUGAUUACUAAGCAUUCACCAAUGCACCAUACCUUAACUCCUCAUGUUCCUCUGAUUCUUCCUGUCAGUGUGAUCAGUGCCAAACAAACCCCAAGGCCGAAAGUCUAAUGCUGCAUUCAGGUCAUAUCAGGAAAAAGUGGUACCUAUUUGAAAUUAUUCGUAUGUAGAGAUAUACUAGAGUUUUUUUUUGUAUAUGUAUGUUGCGCCUGAUUAUCCUCAAUUAUCCCCAGAGAUAACUUCUGGAUCCAAAGCUCAUAUCUCCUACCUUUCCUUUGUGACUUGAAUGCAGCGCUAGUCAGCACUUCUGAGCUUUGACCCCUCUCCUGAUAGGCUGAUACAGUCUUCCUCCACACAUUCCCUCACCUCUUCCCUCCCCUCUCAUCUUCCUGCCCUCCCCACACUCUUGCAUGCCCAUAAAAGGGGCGCGUUUUCUUCUCUUUGGGCAGGUUUCACUUCCAGGCGUGAGAUCAGAGGUGCAGCACCUGGGCGGGGUCUCCUGAUAUGACUAAAUGAUAUGUCCAUAGCAGUUGUUGAAGCGAUCAUAGCUGCUUAUAAAGAAAGCUUAAAGUCCAGGAUUUUGGUACCAACACUGUCUUCUCAUUUUUUCCGCUGGCUCAGAUGUUUGAAACUUCCCAGUUACCUCAAAUGCACCAUAAAUCUAUCCAUCAGUGGCUCAUGCUGGGUUCAUGUCAUAGAGAAGAAAUGGAAAGAAGAGUAUGCAAAAGUUUAAAGACCCGUUUGUUAGAUGAAUAAACAAAAAAAAAAGGAUAAUUCAAUUUAUGUUUUCUGAAGCUCGUAUUCACGGUAAAGCCGUGAUGACAUGAACGCAGCAUCAGAACACGUCCUGGCACCUGCCCAAGGAGAACCAAUCAAACCCAGAUAAAUCCAUUUGAGUAAGAAGACGCAGGUUAUUGUUAAACUGCCUUUGUACUGAGUGAUUCGUAACACUGGACUUAUCUCAGUGUCACACUGCACACACUAUAAACUAUGACCAGCACUUGUAAUGAAGCAAUGACACAGCAUUCUACUACUACUGUACAAAUAUGAUGAAGAGGAUGUUCUUUUCUGUAAUGAUAAUGAUAUUAUUGAAACUGAAGAUGAAUUAAUAAAAAUAAUCCUGAUUAUUCUGUA